CAGUAACCGGGCUUUGGAUCCUCUCUGUGAAGGCAGCCGACCUGCGCAAACGAUUCCCCAAGAACUCGAGGCAGUUUCCCCGAGAAACGACACACCAGACGGGUGACGUAAUUGGUACUCUCUCUUCCAUCCUCCCUAACGUCAUAGCUCCCCCAGCUCAGAAUCGCCUACUUUCGCAGCUGCCGAUCGACCGAUCCACCCAUACACUUUCGCAAAGCUGCAGGGUAAUCUUGGCGGGUUGGUGGACAAGAUGACGAGCUGUGUGAACCAAUUCGCCAGAACCAGCCCACUCGUUGGCUGGACUCCUUUCCAUGUGCCACAUUAAGGGGUUAACCGCAACUCGUCCAUUUGCGCCAGCUUUGACGUGAUCUCAUCUACUUGUCGGUGCUGGACGGCCAACAACCAAUCCGACGGGGGGAGGACGAGGCAGUAUUGACUACUCUGCCCCCCUACUAACUACCUGCUUUCGACAGCCUACGCUGCCUUGCUUUGACCCUGCUCAAGCCACCUCCUUCGCAUGGAUGGCGCAAGAGCAGUGCAAGUGCAAGGUGUGGCUCCUGGGGUGCAGGACAAGUUCCGCCUGGACUGACCCUCUCAAUUGUCACUUAGACAAUCAAUUGGCUGGCAGACGAAUGUGUGACACUAGCGAGCCCAGCAAGGUGAGGUAAGUUGGACAAUCAUGGCCAAGAUAUCUGGUUUGCUCCCUCGAGCCGCUGUACCCAUCCCGGUCGAGAGCAAGCGCUGAGGUAGCGCAACCGCAUCAUCGCUCACCCGUGGAGGGGAAGGGGAAGGGAAGCCGCUUGCCGCACCUGGCCUCCUACAUCCAUGCCAACACGCCAUAUUACGUCCCGUUCAGGAAUCUUUCCUUCUCACCAAUCCCCACCAAACCCGAAACCACGAUCACCCAUCCCGGAUCCGAAUUAGUGCAACGAUCUCACGGUGAAGGUCGAUAACAGCGAAUCAAAUAGACAUCACAUACGGACUCUUCAAACAUGGAGACCAUUAGCAACAUCACAAACGCGGCGAGCAAGGCCAUCUGGGGCACAAACGAGGCUAACCAGGAGCCCGUUUCGGGUGUCAAGGGAAACACCAACCAAGGCGAACCGUUUGACGCCGGCAACAUUGAGAAUCCCUUAGACAAGAAGAAGAAGGCCGAAGUAGCAGAUGCCAGCACCUUGUCUGGCACGAGUGGAACAGAGUCGACCUCAGGGCCCACUGCGACCACAGGUCUGACCACUACUGUUACUCCCAGCACAAGCACAGCGUCAACCAACCCGACUGACCCCUCGACAACGGAUGAUCCUCUGAAGCACAAGUCGACCCCUCUUGCAGAGAGCAACCUGACGGACAGGUCACGAACUGCAGAAGACAUUAAGCCCCAUAAAUCGUUUGCCACCGAAGACCCCUCAAAGAAGAAGGAAGACAUUGGCAAGCCUGAAUUGAAGAACACCUCUACUGUCGAUGCGUCCCCGGCUGACAGCGCCGCUGGAAAGACUGAUACACGCCACCCUGCCGAUCCCUCCACCGACCCUGCGCCCAAGGGCCAAGACGUCAACAAUAACGCCUCUGGGCCAAUUACCGGAGGUGACAAGCUCGACGGUCCCGGGCCCAGACCCUUGGAGACUGUUGCCAAGGAGCGUGGAGGUGAUGCUGGGAAUGUCAAGAAAGACUCUACCAAGGGCGGUCUGAUCGAGGAUGAGUCGGCAUCAGGGCUUGAGGGCAGCAAGAAGGAUGUUCCCAAAGCAGUGAGCCGAAGCGAAGGUACGGGGGAGAAGUACAUCAAGACUUCAGGUUUGGCGGUCGAUGGUGGUGACUUUGAUGCAACCAAGCCAGGCGCGGGCCGCGAGGCAGAUCGUCUCCUGGACGAGAAAGAUCCUGCCCAUGCCGCUGCCAAGGCUGCUGCUGCAUCCAGCAGUGACAAGAGCACUGGAAAGGCCAGUGAAGACCGCACACACAGCCCUAACGCGGGUACCGAGAAGGAGAAGGAGAGUCUUAAGGACAAGAUCAAGGCUAAACUCCACCGUCACUAGGAAGGAACUGAUUCAGCCAGAGGCCUUUCGUCGAAUAUCUCCAUGUUGUAUCGACAACGAUCUUAGUGCCAGCGCUGCGAUGUAGCUUUAUGACGACUGUUUCUUAAUGAAGGAUAAACAUGACUGUUAAUAUAAUGCUUUCUUGAACCAUAUGUCGCCCAACGUCUCGU